AAAAAACUCGUGAGGCCAAGGCGGGCUCGCUAAUUUUUUCUUCCUUGUGGCUCUGUGUAACAACUCAGCGGUACACAGAAAGCGCAAAAAUUUUUUCUCCCUCUCUGUAGUUUUGGUGUGAGUUUCUAGGCCAAAGUUCUGGAAAAGGGGAAAUAAAACAAGGGAACCAAUCAACGAGGAAACUUAAUAAGGGAAAAGGUCAAAAGAAGCCACAAAAACAUCAAAACAAAACAAAAAGCGAUAAAGUAAACAAAGAACACAGCGAUAGCUUAUUAGAUUGGAACGUUCGUUAGCGGUGUAUAUAUUCUUCUAUUAGUGAUUGUUACAACGCAGCUCGACUACACACCCAACAGGCGCUAAGCAAUGUCAGUUCAAUUUGACGAGUUCCCACCGCACUUGGAGCAGAAUCAGGAGUCGAGCUCCUCGACAAGUGAUAACGUUGAUGUAUUGGAUGAGUUCCUCGACAGACGGUUGUACGAUGAUGCAUAUGUGAAGAACCAACAACAGCAACAAGGGCAACAACAGCCUGGGCAGCAACAAGGACAGCAAGUGCAUGAGGUUUACCAAAGAGAGGCGGCGGAUCAGCACAUGGUUCACAAUGACGAUCUGUUUCAGGAGUUCCUGGUGGACGACAUGGCCAGCAGCGGUGGAGACUUCAUCUUCUCAGCGGUGGAUGCUCAGGGACACGACAUGAACUCGUUUGAUCUGGGCGAUGCCGCCACGGCCACAACGCUGCUACCGUUUGUUGAACCGUCAUCGGCGGUUAGCAAUGGCAAUGGCAAUGGCAAUGGCAACAAGGAGCAGGCUCAUAUGUUUUCAAAGGACAUUACCGCCGCAAGCCCUACGAAUCUAACAGCCACAACGCCAGUCUCCAUCGAUAUGUCACCACCGGGUUCAACCACUUCGAACAACGAGGUUUUUACAACACCAACGUCACUUCCAAAUGAAACAGGCGGAUCUAUGGCGGAGCACUCUGUGAGUACACAGAAUGAAUCACACAGACAACAACAACAACAGACUGUUUCCUCCUCUAUAUCAUCUCCAUAUGAAGCUGCGAGAAACAUUCUAUCUGGCUUGAAAUUUGGUAGGGAAGUUCCACCUCAGUUCGACAACGAAUUCCCAAAGCACUACCUUGGUGUGAACGAGGAAACGUUGCCUUACAGAUUAACACUGGAGAAUCUCCCCUCUUGUUCUAGAGUAGAAACCCAAAUCAAGCUGGAGCUGAAAAUCUCACCGCCUCCACAACAAUUUUUGGUUCAUUUGCCGUCAGAUACAAUUGCCAAACAGAAACUAUGUCUAUCUUCGGAGUUGGAUCAAGAUGCAAAAGAUCAGAUGCUGUUCCUCGAUACUUAUGUGUUGACAUCCGAUGAUAAGCCUUGUAACAUUUGCACCAAGUGUAUUAGAAGAGAACAGAAGAGAGCAUCAAGAAGAAAAUCUGGUGUUAGCGAUAACAUGAGUUGGAUGACCAAUACUCAUAAGAGGGCGAUUAUAUUCAAUUGUAAAGAGGUGAUAUCAUUCCCUGCAACCCCAAUAAAUGGGUCAAGUUCGGUGGGGUUGUCGUCAAGAAUUGUUUGCUAUUGCAGACAUCAUAACGAGCCGACAGGGUUCAAACUCUUGUUGCUAUUGAGGGAUUCAAAGGGGAACUUGGUUGCAAAGCAUUUGAGUAGUCCAAUAAUGAUUAUGGAUAGAAAGAAAUCCGGGGACGAUGGGUCCUCAAAUGCUCAGUUGUCAAAUACUGCAUCAAAUUCUGCAAAUGAGGGCAGUUCUAUCUUGUUACCACGUUCUGGAACUCAACAUCCAAUCUCACCAACAUCAAUUGAGGAUGAUAGCUCCGAAGCAAUUGCAUCGUCGGACUACAACAGGGCGACUAAAAGAAAGAAAACGUGGUCACCAGAGUUAUCUGAUGGCUUCAGCAUUGCCCCUUCAAGAACUCAUUCAACCGCUAUCAAGAGAGAAAGUAUUACGCAUACGUCACGCUCUUCGUUGGAUAUGUCUGCACAGCAUCAGCCUGUUCAACCGCUUCAACCUGUACUGCCGUAUACCUUGUCUACGCAAUCUUUGCAACAACAACUACAACAACAGCAGCAACAACAACAACAACAAAACGUACCAAUCAUCCAAAAGGUUAUUCCAGCUCAAGGGCCAUUGCGUGGUGGUAUCGAAGUAACUUUGCUAGGUCAGAACUUCAAGGAUGGUUUGGUUGUCAAAUUUGGUCCAAACAAGGCAUUGGCAACACAGUGGUGGAGCGCAACAACUAUGGUUACCUAUUUACCACCAGCUCCACAGGCUGGACAAGUCAUUGUUACGGUUGAGGAUUUACAAACAAACCAAAAGACAGGCUCUACUGUGUUUACAUACGUUGAUGAUACAGAUCGUCAAAUGAUUGAGUUGGCUCUUCAAAUUGUUGGUUUGAAGAUGAACGGUAAGCUUGAAGAUGCCCGUAACAUUGCACGUAAGAUUAUUGGUUCUGAUGGUUCUGGUAAUAACAAUGGUGAUGAGAGUGGCACGUCUAGUCAACAAGAUACCCCAAUGACUGGAUACUCGUUACAAUAUGAUAGUGAUGAGGAUUUGAUUUUGAAAGUUAUCAAUAUGCUUCCAAACAGACCAAAUUGGUCCCUGUGUACCGCUGAGGGACAAACCUUGUUACACUUGUCCUCUUUGAAGAGUUAUAACAGAUUAGUUUCUUGUCUUUUACAAAAAGGCGCAAGAGUUGAUUCAAAGGACGUUAUGGGUUAUACUCCACUACAUUAUGCAGCAUUGGCUGGUAACCGUGUUUCGAUUGAGAUGUUGUUGAACUGCAAAGCAAAGAUUGAUGCUAAGACGGAUAACGGUCUUACUCCUGAGGACGUUGCCGAUGCAAACGUCUUGGAUCUGUUCAAAUAUCAUAACUCUUUGAUUUCGAGAAAGUUUUCGAGUACUUCAAUAUCGUCAUCAAUUUUCUCCAUCGACGACGAUCAAAUCGAUAUUCAAGGAGGCUCUCAUGUCUCAAGAAUGACAACUGAUGGGUUGACUGAUGAUGACUACGAGUCCGACUACGACGAGGAUUCUGAUGAAUCCUCUGCUGAUGCUUCAAACGAAGAGAGUGAAAACGACUUUGCCGAUAAUGAAGGUGAUUCUGUUGAAAACCUUCCUGCUGGUUCUUCUAAUGAAGUUACAGGAACUGGCUCCAGUCAAAAUGGAUCCCUGUGGAACAAAGUGCGUAACGUUUUCCAAAAUGCUGGUGACGCAGAUGAUCUUCCACGCUAUGAUGAUCUUUUCCCAAUCGGUGGUCAAUUCAGUUUGACAAAACUACGGUUCUCUUCAACAACAACUGCACCUGCAACGAUAUCCAAUGAGGCCACUGAGGAUAACGGUUCAUCAGCACAAGAAACCUCAAGUGACGAAAGCGAAGACGUUUUCAUGAAGUUCUUCAACCAACGUAAGAACGUGCAAAACGAUAAGAUGUUACUAUUCUUCUGGUUGCCGUUGUUGUUUGUCAUCAUGUCUACAUUUAUUCUCCACAGUACUGGUUACACCACUGGGUUAACAACACAGUUCCAGGACUUUAUGAGGGACAGCGUAAGUAAGAUCAUGUUGGGCAAUGAACGUGUGAAGGUUGCAUUAAACAAGCACUUUUCACAGGGAUACCAUGCAGUGACAAGUGCGAUAAACGCAUGAAUCAUUCUGUGUUUCUAUGCUUCAUGGUUAUUUCUAUGUUUUCCUGGAUACCUUUCCUUAUAUCAUUGUGUGUAUGUGUGUGUUUUUCUUUGCCUGCUCAAAUGUGGCACACUUUGCUUUCUCUAUUUAUGACGUCCUAAUGGGAUACCAACGGCUAUCGUUUUUCUAAUCUUCGUUCAAUUUUGGGUAGUUUUGAUUUAAUUUUCUUUUUUGCUAAUGAAUUUUAUUCUCUUUG